GAAACCGGAGGAAAUCGCGUGUAUCCGUUUGUAACCGUGUCUCGCUACGUAGAAGCACUAAAGCUGCCGAGUCCUUCCGUGUUUCAGACGUGGCGCCGGAGCUCAUUCAGCAGCCAGCCUCAUUCACAGCUCUGGCUUUCAUACUCAUCUCUCAGUCCCUUCGCUUGAACAAUGUGGAGUAAAGCUGCCCUAGUGGCAUUAAUGGCCUUUGCACUGGGAUACGUCUAUCACACAAACCCCAAUCUUCAGGAGCGUGCGUUACAUCUCAUCACCCAGUCCAUCCCUCAGUUACUGUUCACCUCACAGCAUGAACAUAGUACCACAAACCUGGAAGAAACCAUCUCCCGAGCCUGGGACGCACUCAUCACUGCACCGACAAGGCACUGGGGUCGAAUAGCAGUAGGGGUAAACGCCUGUAUCGACGUAGUGGUCUCAGGUGUCAACUUACUCCAAGCUUUGGCUCUUGACCCAGGAUUCGGGCAAGACCAUGACGUGUUGCACUCCAAAGAGGAUCUAAAAGAGUCCUUCAUUCACUACAUGGAAAAGGGUGCAGCUGCUGAACGUUUCUUCUCGGAUGAAGAAAUCUUCCAAAGGAUCGCGAGGGCCGCUGCUGAAUAUCCUGGUGCUCAGGUAUACGUGGGAGGAAAUGCUGCUCUGAUUGGCCAGAAACUCGCCUCUUACCCCGAGCUGGUGGUUCUAUUAUGUGGCCCAAUUGGGCCAAGGCUGCAUGAAUUGCUGGAUGAGCAGAUAGUAGUUCCACCACAAUCACUUCAGGAAACUGAUGAGUUUCACCUCAUCCUUGAGUACAAGGCAGGGGAGCGGUGGGGUUCGAGUCAGGCCCCUCAAGCAAAUCGCUUUAUCUUCUCUCACGAUGUGUCCAAUGGGAAAAUGAGCACGUUGGAGACCUUUGUGGCCAGCCUGGAGGAGUUCCAGCCUGGACUGGUGGUUCUGUCAGGAAUCCACAUGAUGGAAGGAAUGGGCCGUGAGCUCUGGGAGGAAAGAAUCAAAGAGUUUGCUGUCACCAUCUCCGAUAUUCGCAAUGAGGCACCCAUCCAUCUGGAGCUGGCCAGUAUGACUGAUCGACAUUACAUGAGCAUCAUCACGAAGGAGCAGGUCUUGCCCAUGGUGGACUCGAUCGGCCUGAACGAACAGGAGCUGCUUUUCCUGUCUCAGGCUGGUGAAGGUCCUCACUCUGAUCUCCGCUCAUGGAACGGCAUUCCUGACGUCGGCCGUGUCUCCGAUAUCCUCCUCUGGAUCCUGGAGCAGCACGGCCGAGCCGACCUGGACUCUGAAGCCCAUUUAACACGCAUCCACUUCCACACUCUGGCUUAUCAUGUGCUGGCCACAGUGGACGGCCACUGGGGGAACCAGCGCGGAGCCGUAGCGGCCGGGGCUCGCGUCGCUAGCUCUCAGGCGUGUGGAUUACAGGCUGUGGACGUCAGUAAGGUGGAGCUCAAGGCUCCGCUUAGCUUCUACAGCUCUUUCUCAGAACCGAAAGAGGGCUUAGUUUUGGACCCGUCCAAUCCGGUGACUGUGUGGAGAAGGGGGAACGUGUCCUUCCAUCUCAGUCCAGUACUCGUAUGCAAACAGCCACUGAGGACAGUAGGGCUGGGGGACGCAAUCUCAGCAGAGGGACUCGUCUACUCGGAGAUUGUUCCCCACUCUGACUAAACGUGAACUGAGGGCCAAUAACAAUGUCUUAAACAUUACUAUGCUCUUGAUACCAUGCCUGCAAAGCAUCUAACCAGCUGGAUAGAUGUUCCUGUAGGUGCUCCUCCAUUCCUUUAGACCUUAACGUGACAAAACGGAUGAGGAGAGGGUGUUUAUCAUAGGUACAGGAAUGAGACUUUAUCCUCACGUUGUCUUAUACAAACUCAGUGCGUAGUCUUAAUCUGUUUGGUGAGUACUGUACUGUCUUACUUGAGACCAUAUUAUUGCACUGAGUAGAAAAUGAUGUUCUGAUUUUUUUUUUUCUUCCCCUUCCUCCACACUCCUUGGCUCUAUUGACUACUAAGACAGAGACCUAUUUAUGUGCAAGGAGCAGAAUCACUGAGCUGCUAUAUAAUGGAAAUAAAAAAGCCUCGAGAAUCCCAAAGGCCCCCCAAUGAAAUAAAAUGCCUUAACCAAAACCAGAAACUAACCAAAACUGUCAUGCAUAAGUAGCUAUGCAUUUAGGGCUUAUCUGCAUUCUGCCCUCAAAACAAUCCUAUCAUUUACUCCUUCCUCAACUAGUUUAAGUUCGGCACAGUCUUCUGGCCUAAUCACGCUAAUGCUGGUAGUUAAAACUAACAAAUUCUCAAAUUUGGCAAAAGUUUUGACACCCUUUAUAGUAACAAGUACAUAGAUAUUUGGAAACAACACACUAACCGAGAAAAGCUAAAUAAAUAAAUAAAAACUGCAUUUAACUCAUUAUAAAUAACUAACUUUAUUCCUUAUGAAGCUUCAUGAAGGAGCUUCACCCAGAAGGCUUUUCCCUGAAUUCACCAAGCUUCAAGAUUCUUCUCCUAAAAUGUACUAAUUUAGUAAAACCUACGUUUACUUUAAUGUUAAGUAAAAUCUACUUAUGAAAAUGUAAUGUAAACAGGGGCAUUAACUUCAUUAUGUACAACUCUCACAUGUUUUAGCUGUAAACUUUAUUAGAAUGUCUAAAAUAAUUAUCUAUAUAUCCGAUCCAGCUCGUUUAAACUUUCGACCGGUAGCAUAGAUUAAAACUGUUCAAAAAUGUUCGAAAGGAAACCAGCACCCACUUCCUCCUCAGCAUGAUUCAUUUUACUCGAUUAAGUCAAGAAAUCCUGCCUCUUCUUCUACUGAAUGGUUAAAAAGGAAAUAAGGGAACGUUACCUACUUGUUUAGUCAUGUCCUGUACUAGUCUUAUUUUUAUAGAGCAUAAAUCAAACCAUGUCUGUACAUACAUAGUGUUGAAAUGAUUCGGUAUCUUGGUUCUAGUUGUCAAAUUGUUUCACAGUCCUGCCGUCAGCAACUGGCAUCUUUUAUGCAUGAUGAGACUUGAAAAGUUUUGAGUUGACACAUUUCUUGUCUAAUAAGAAAGCAAGAGUCUCUCUGAUGCAGUAAAACGAUGCGUCGUGUGGGCCAGCUGUGAGAGGCGAAUGAUGGGGAGGUGGACGGGGAAGGAUGAUCAGUUUAGUUCAGUGCUGGAUGGUUCGCCGGUCUGUUGGUGACGACGAAUUAGAUGCCAUAAAGCUGCUACUGUUAUAUCCCUUUUCCACCAAAAAGAACCGGGUGCUGGAUCAGAGCUAGUUCUGGUGCUGGUUCAAAGUUGGUUCCACUGGUGAAAGUUCUAAGAACCGGUUUGCCUUUCCAUCGGCUAGAGAGCCAUCACAGAGCCGAGUGUGACGUCACUGUAUACGUGUCACGUUUCCCAGCAACGUUAGCGCAGCAGCGACAAACAACAUCAACAAUGGCAGAUGUUGCUUUACUGUAAAUGCUCAUGGCUUUGCGAACCUACAUUGGCAUCCAAACGCGGCGAAUUAAAUGUGUACGUGCGACUCCAUGUAAUCUGUAUAAACGGAGGUUGUGCUUAACGUUAUUUUAUCAUUAACACCAGAAAACAGUUAGCCUUAGCAUCAUUACGAUCAUGUGUGCUGAUAACUGAUAACUGAUUAUAUUGCGGUAAAGUAAAAGUGUAUUAAACAUUAGUAUACUUAAGGUACAUUAUCAAAGGUGCUAACAGUAGCCCCGCCCCCAGCCUCUGACACAAGUCUAGACCAGAAACGUUUUGGUGCUACUUAACCACUUUUCCUGGUUCAAAGCCCGUGCUUUGGGUGUCAAAAAAAGAAAGAACUGGUUCUAAAUUAGGCUCUGGCUCCGACCCAGCACUCAAACUGCCUCGGUGGAAAAGGGGCAGAAGUGAACAGACUUAAGAAUUGUAAGGUCAUUGCUUGUCGUUUCUCAUUGGACUGAUGAUUUCCAAAAGCUGCACAUAUCACCGGAUUAUGAAAUUCAACCGGUUGUCAUGCAAAUAUUCUUCUUUGUCUUUGGCUCUGUUUCUAUAGUUACCAUAUUGAGAUAUUUAACUUGAUGCUUUUCUGUCUUUUGUAAUGUAAUUUUUUUUUGUUUGUUUGUUUGUUUCUUUAAAAUGACUCCAUAAUAUUGUGGCACACAGAGCAUUCGUUUGAGAACAGACAGUUUGUACACAUUAUGCAAGUCUUAAGCAUUAAAUGGCGGUUAAGAUAACAGGAAUAUUUAGUAAAAUUAGAGACUUUUAAUGAUAUUUUUAUAUCGAUAAAAUCUGUUUAGCCGGAAUCUACGAUCUUAUUGUUCUUUUUGUAAAGAAAUGUAAUGCAAAUAGCAGAACUUGUUUAUUUUUAACUUAGCUCAGAUACAAAGGUCAAUAAAGUCUCUAUCAUAGAACAAUGUACCGUAUGAUUCUGUAUAAUAUUAAAACCCUCUUACUGUU